CUAUAAAUAACUGUGUUGCAAACAACAAUUGUAGCAACAAAACAGAACAUUCAUUAGCAAUGGAAGCUCCAAGCUUUGUCUUCUUGUCAUUGCUUCUUCUCCUCACAGCUACUACAAGCUCAGCUCAACUCACUCGUGGUUUCUAUAACAAUGUAUGCCCCAAUGUCGAACAAUUGGUUCGUUCUGCCGUGAAUCAGAAGUUUCAACAAACAUUUGUCACUGCUCCUGCCACUCUUAGACUUUUCUUCCAUGAUUGUUUUGUCAGGGGUUGUGAUGCUUCGAUUUUGCUUGCAACUCCGAAGGCAGAGAGGGAACAUCCUGAUGAUAUAUCACUAGCUGGUGAUGGUUUUGACACGGUGGUUAAGGCCAAGGCAGCAGUUGAUAGGGAUCCUAAAUGCCGAAACAAAGUCUCUUGUGCUGAUAUUCUCGCUCUCGCAACUAGGGAUGUUGUCAAUUUGGCAGGGGGGCCAUUUUAUAAUGUUGAAUUGGGAAGGCGUGAUGGGAGAGUAUCUACUAUAGCAAGUGUUCAAAGAAGUCUACCUGGCCCUCAUUUCAAUUUGAAUCAGCUUAAUAACAUGUUUAAUCUCCAUGGCCUCUCUCAAACGGAUAUGGUUGCAUUAUCAGGUGCACAUACAAUUGGAUUCUCUCAUUGCAACCGUUUCUCAAAUAGAAUAUACGGAUUCAGCCCAAGAAGUAGAAUUGACCCAUCAUUAAAUUUACAAUAUGCUUUCCAGCUUAGGCAAAUGUGUCCUAUAAGAGUUGAUCCUAGAAUUGCAAUAAACAUGGAUCCUGUCUCACCUCAAAAGUUUGACAAUCAAUACUUCAAGAAUCUACAACAAGGAAAAGGUCUAUUCACUUCUGAUCAAGUGUUGUUUACUGAUUCAAGGUCAAAGGCUACAGUCAACUUAUUUGCAUCAAAUCCAAAAGCUUUUGAGAGUGCUUUUAUUAAUGCUAUUACUAAGUUGGGAAGGGUUGGUGUUAAAACUGGUAAUCAAGGUGAAAUUAGGUUUGAUUGCACCAGGCCCAACUAGAAAAAGUAGUAGUACUGUUAUGCCAUCAAUGUCCGGUUCGGAUUUGGAUUCUCUGCAUUAAUAAAAGCACGCAGUUAUAUGGAGUAGUCAAUCUCAACCAUUGAUUCGAGAUUGAACUGUUUAAAUUACACGUUUAUAUAAUUUGUUUUCAAUGGUCUUGACCAUUGAUUUUGAUAUGAUGGUCGAGAUCUGUAACUGCGUCACGUGGUUAUUCAGGGAAUCUAUUUCCAUCAACAUCUUUUCUUUUGGGGUUUCUGAGUUUGUAUAUUUGAUAAUUCAUUGUUUUUUUAAUAAAUUAUCUGAGUUCUUUGAGGUA